AUGGGCUCAAACGCGCCUAAGAACCUGGCCCUGAGGCUCCCGGCCUUUGGCACACCGUUGGAAAAGAUCGAGCUUCCCAUUCCCGAAGCGACCACCGGCACCGUCGUCACUCGCGUUCUGGCUGCGCCAGUCGUUCCCUACACGCAUCUCGCCCACGACGGAAAGCUCCCGCAACUGAACCUGGAACCACCCUUGAUCCCCAACUCCGCCGGAAUCGGGCGCGUGCACGCAGUCGGCCCUGAUGCAGUGCGCCUAAAGCCCGGCGAUCUCGUCUAUGUUAAAGCCCAGGUCCAGGCCCGAGAUGAUCCCAACACCAAGAUCGUCAUCGGGCACAUCGGGGGUAGUGGGCCCCGGGCGAAGAAAUUGAUGCAGGGCGAGUGGAAGGACGGGGCUUUCCAGCAAUACCAGAAGGUGCCGCUGGAGAACUGCUAUCUCCUCAAUGAGAAUCGGCUGUGCAGAGAGUUGGGGUAUGAUGCGGCUGUACUACAGUCACUCACGAUGUACGCCAUCUCGGCUGGCGCCAUCAUCGAAGCGGCGGACCUCAAGCCCGCAGAAACCAUUGUGAUCGGCCCGUCUGGAGGCACUUUUGGUGGACUCGCCGUUGAGAUUGCUCUUGCGCUUGGUGCAAAUGUUAUUGCUCUCGGCAGGAAUAAUGAGAAGCUUGCGGCGAUGCAGAAGACGAUUAACCAUCCCAGACUGCAGUAUGUUGUCAUGAGCGGUGAUGACGAGGUUGAUCGGAAGGCAAUCAUCGACAAGACGCCUGACGCUGCCGGAGCGGAGGUCUACAAUGACUGGACCCCAGGUGAGUUACCUGGUCCGCUGUACCUCUCCGCUGCAUUCAGUGUACUCAAGUGUCAGGGCCGUAUCGUUCUGAGCGGUGGCACCAUGGGUGGUCUUGGGGGCAUCAACUACGCAGAAGCUGUCUACAAGGACCUGCAGAUUCUUGCGAAGUGGGUGUGUCAUCGCAAGACGCUGGAGCAGCUCAUCAACAUGAUCACCCAGGGGCAGCUCAAGAUUGGCGCUGAGAGUGGCACGAUCACGAAGAGCUUCACGUUGGAUGAGGUCGAGGAGGCAAAGGAAUAUGCGAAGAGAUACGGUGGCUGGAGGCAUUACGCAGUCAUGAGCCCUUAG